AUGGAGAUCCACUCCGUGUUACCUGAAGAGCGAGCAAGAGAUCCAAAAGGCGAGACCCUUCCCUGGGGUUAUCGCUAUGCAGAGUCAGUUAAUUUCGAUGCGAACCUUGAAUCCUUGUCGGGGAUCUUCCCACCCGGAGAACCACACUCUAACUCGUCGAACAGCUCCGCGAGAAAUGCCAGACAGCUACCAGAAGAGAGCGGGCCUUUCGGUCGCAAUCGCAGUAUAAGAUCCACGGCGUCACGAACGCCGCGCGCGAGGACAGGCACCACACCGGUUCGACAAAAGGAGAACACUGCCGUGGCCGAGUUUGGGAGGUUGUUCGCAAAGGAACAGGCGAAAGAGGAAGAGAGGAAGACCACGUUACCAUCUCCCCCGACCGCUCCAGGCGAAGUACCCGCGACAGAACGGCCGAUCCAGCCAGAAGCCGUGCCCACGGAAUGUCUACUCUACGGCUACGCAGGUAAACACUCGGAAUGGAAGGUCCUGUCGAAAUUCGAAAAGAUCGUCUCCCCCGGCAUAAUCUGCGAAGACUACCCACGAGAAGAUCCCAACCUCUACCUCUCCUCGAACUCACCGUUUGGCCUCUCGAGAGCCUCUGUGGUGGUCCAUCAGAAUCUCAGCCGUGAGGCCAUCAAGAAGAGUCGGAUUUAUUGUGGUGGGAACCACUGGAUCAAGAUCACAUUCGACUCCUACCAGGCCGCAGAGAGGGCAUGCUUUUACAGUCCCAUUGAUAUUGAUGGUUACAUGGUGCAUUGCGAGAUGUGGCACGGAAAAGGCCCAGCGGCAGACGUUCCCUUGCCCAGAGGCCCUGCUCCCGGGCUCGAUGGGUCAGACCUUCUACAGCCCCAGCCACAGUCGUCGCGACAUCUCGAUGAUGGUCGGAGAGCACGGACCCUAAGCUCGUCGCAAUCUUCCCGUAUGCUAUCAGGCAAACAGUCGGCCAUUGCGGGCUUUGAGCGGGCGCUCCAGACCCUACCCCGUUCUCACACCAUGCCCGACAUGCAAUACGGACAGCCUCCAAACCAUGAAGAAGAGGAAAUCUCUGUAGAUUCCGCGACCGCAUCAUCGGCGACGGCGACGGCCACCGACCUGGCACCCCCACAGCUAUCCUCGUCCACUGGUCUACGUUCACGCUCUGUGCCCCAGCUGCCUGGAGAAGCCACCCAGCACCCGCCGGAUUCGGAAUACAUGACGCACAUCAAAAACGUGAAAAAGGUAGUCUUGCGACCCAUGUCGGAAGCCCUGCCCCCGCAACCGACGUUUGCAGAGAGAGUUCUUCGGAGCAUCCCGAUUGUGUCGUAUUUUAUGGGCAGCACGAAGCAAGGAGCCGCGGGGCGACGUGAUGUGAUCGGGGAGGGGCCACUGGUCAAGGACGACGGGAGCUGGGACCCAGCUAAUGGCUGGUACUGGAGCUUCUGGCACGGCGUGGACAGGUGGUUCGGAACCGACUUUUGUGGCCUGAAGGACGAUUGA